GCUUUUCGACCUGUAGAAGACAAUUCCAAUAUAACGAGACGCACAAUUGUGUUUUGCGUUCCCAAUCGUUCAACAAGCUACAAACUACCUAUCGUAAUAUUCGUCUACAUACAUGUAGCAAUAAUGGUUGAAGCGGAUCACGAUUGAUAAGAUCCCAUGUCAAUGCACACCAAUGCUAGGCUCAACUAGCUAGCGGUGAAUCUUUUGACGGCAAAUUGCAAUGUUGGGCACGGAAAAAGAUGCAUGUUGCCAAGGCAAAAAUACCCAAAUACUACCGAAUUAACAAAUCAUUGGACUGAACUUGCUGUACCCAAGGCUCGGUAUCGCAACAAGAUGCACUACAUACGCUUGUUGCGUGGCCCAAAAUUAGACGCAUCAAACCUCAAGAGACCACUUAUCUCAAUCCUUCUUACCAUCACCACGGAUCUGGGUGACUCAUUUCUCUACCCGGAUGAGCCCGUCGACUUGGCUAUUUCGGUGGAGAACCCGACAGGCCAGUCGGUCAUACUAGAGGCAGAUCGCCCGCCUAGAUGGACUGCUGGCAUGCGAUGUCUUGACGUCAAAGUCUCCAUCAAGCCGCAUCUUAAGAAGGACGAUGUCACGUGUACCAUUAGGAUUCAUCCAACGACACAAACUCCGCCGUUGGGAGUGUUGAAGGGUAGCGAUAUGCUUCCGUGGAGAGUUGCUAGAGGCUCGCCUGCGAGCGAGGGUCUCAUCAUGCCAGUUUCCGUAGAGAUGGCGAAGGGCAUCUGCUCGCCCGUUGCCGUGCGAACACUCCGGCUUGACUCUAGGUCUAGAUCUCAGCCCCGGGACCAAAUGGAUAUUGACCUCGAAGAGGACAUUGGUGAGAGUAUUGCACGCCACAUAUGGGACGCAGGUGUUGUGACAGCCUCCUUUUUCGGAGACGCAUGUAGUACCAAGGAAGGUAUCUACGACACGCUGCCUAUGCGAGAAGACGGUUUUAACAUCUUAGAACUCGGGAGUGGUGUUGGCAUUCUCGGGAUCACCCUAGCGCAAGUCAUAGAAAGGGCCGUAGUCCAUGGUCAUACGUCUACUAAAGCUACUGUAUUACUGACAGACCUCCCAGAGGCGGAAGAGCGCGCAAGGUCAAACAUAUCGAGAGCCAAAGCGGCGUUCUCUCAUAUAAAUCCUAGCGGUUCUACAGUGGCUCUUCAGUACGAGGACCUAGACUGGGACGAGGGCAAGCACGGGCAGUUCGGGACUUUUGCUUCUGCUCGCCCGUGGGAUCUAGUUGUACUUAGCGAUUGCACAUACAAUGUUGACUCAUUGCCCGCGCUCGUCGGAACGCUGAGCGCGCUACACACUGCGAAUUUAAAACAUGACGGGGUAGAAAGAGGUGCAAAGACUUUUGCUAUCUUGGCAACAAAGCCUCGUCAUUCUUCGGAGCAGGCUCUAUUUGGGCUGCUGACUUCCGAUGAUUGGCAAUAUAACGUUCUUAAAUCCAUUACACUGCCAAAGUUAGGCGAAGAGGAUGAGGCAGUUUAUAUAUACUUAUUAAAAAAGGGGUAAAGGGAUGUAAUAGUUUUCUUAACUACUAACUAGGUAGGUAGUUAUGCGAAUUUACAAACUAUAAAAA